ACCACCUUGGCGAGCCACAACAGGUCCGCGAUCGCCUCGGUGAGAUUCCCAGGUGGAUGAUGAACAUGCUGGGUCGCAAAAGCGCCUACGCCGGCCCUCGCGUCGGCCGCUUCGAGCUCGGACGCGAGCUCGGCACCGGCGGCUACGGCCGAGUCCUCGCCGCCAUCGACCCAAAGGUUGGAGAGGUGGUCGCCGCCAAGGCGAUCGACACGCAGGGCUCAAUGGACCGCAAGCGCGCGAUCGCGCACGAGAUCCGGAUGUUGCGCCGCCUCAACCACGGCAACGUGAUCGGGCUGCGCGGGUACGAGGAGGUUGGCACCACGUGCUACAUAUUCAUGGAGCUGGCCUCCAAGGGCGACCUCUUCGAGGUUGUGCUCGCGCGAGGCGCCCUCACAGAGUGCGAGGCCAAGCCGAUCUUCGCGCAGACGAUGGCCGCGGUGGCGCAUCUGCACGAGCGGGGCGUGGUGCAUCGCGACAUCAAGCUCGAGAAUAUCGUCCUCACCGCCGAUGGCGACGCUAAGCUGUGCGACUUUGGCCUCGCGCACGCCUACGAGAAGGCAGCCGAGGGCAGCGCCAUCCCGUACAUCCGCGCGCCCUUGACGCGCGUCUGCGGCUCCGAGUCGUACAUGGCGCCCGAGGUCCCACUCCGCCGCGGCUACGACGGCCUCGCCGCCGACGUCUGGUCGAGCGGCGUCGUCCUCUUCGGGAUGCUUUCGGGCUCCUUCCCCUUCGACGCCGCCGCCGUGUCCGACUGGCGGUACAAACGUGUCCUCGACGCGUGCACCGCCGACCCCUCCACUUCGGUCGUGCAUACCGUCUUCGGCUGCUUCGAGCGCCCCUGCCCCUUCUCGGGCCAGGCGGUCGCGCUGAUCGACGCGCUGCUGCGCCCGUCGCCGCCAGAGCGCUGCACUGCCGCCGCCGCGCGGCAGAUGGAGUGGGUGCGCUUGCCUCCCCUGCAGCUGAAGAAGCUGCUGCGCAAGGCUGCCAUGGUCACGUUCGCGGUCACCGGCUUCGCGGCGCGGCGCGCGGUGCUGCCCUCCACAGCGGACCCCGGCAUCAUGGCCUUCGAGCAGCUCCGGAUCGCCUCCGCCUCGAAGCUUCACUCCACCACCUUCAUCCUCGCCAACGGAAAGCUGCUAGACACGCCCUCGCCCCGCUGCGGGCGGCGGAGCGUCAAGGCGCCGCCCGUCGCGCCCGUCCAAAAGCCGCCGCCGCAGCCGCACGACCACCAUCGCCGCCGCCGCGCCGGUGGCGGCGGCGUGGCGGACGAGGCGCUCACUCUCGACGAGCGCGUCGCUGCUGCGCGCUCGAGCGCCCCUCUGAAGGCGCGGCCGAAGCGAGGCCGGUCUUCGAACCGCGGGAGGGCGUCGCUCACGCAGUACCUGAUGCCGACCCGCCGGAGACCGAGCCCGGAGGAGGAGGAGGAGCCGGGGGCGGAGCCGGCCGGGGACGCUGCCGCGCGGAGGGGCGGGGAGCAGCAGCAGCAGCAGCAGCAGCAGCAGCAGCAGCAGCAGCCCUGCCGUAUGGCGGCGCAUGCGCUCGCCCAGCCCUGCGCGUGAGGCGCGAGGUGCGGGCGAGGAGCAGGGAGACCGGGGUCUACGCCGGUAGGUCGGGUCGGACACCGUGAGCGAAGCCCGCCGCAUCGCCGCGUGCACAACGUAGAGCUAGGUGCGCGGGAGACGGCAUGUCGCGCCCAGCGGAUGGUGAGCGGCGGCGAAUGUGUUCAUUGCGGAUUGCUCGCAUGCGUGCAUGUGUCGCAUCGACGGCGGGGGGAGUGGAGAUGUCAAGUUGUAGGUCGGACCAUGGGGGGGGCGGUGUAUGCCAUCUCGAGUCUGUCAUGCACAUUCUCGCGUUGGCCGUUGCGCUUCACGUCUCGACCAAUGUGUUCAUGUGAAUCAAAACGCUAGUGUGAGACGGGACUCUUCGCGUCCACCCCUUUUUAUUCCUUACACAAAACAAAA